GCCAUCUCAAACAUCAAACAUUGCCUUGUGACGAAUGAGCUCGCGUCGGAGGCCCGAGUCGAACCAUGUUACUUGCUAAAUCAGCGUCUCUGGGACAACAAGGAGAUGCUGACGCGCCUCGAAUGGCACUGGGGGAUGAAGUACUCGUCGCUAGAGCUGAAUGUGGAGGCGAACAUGAUUUAUCUUCGUCAAGAUUUGUUGGAAUCAUUUGACAGCAACCGCUGGCUGCUUCUCCCACCCCCUGAAAUGGUAGACAGAGUCUGGGCUCGCUAUUUCAUGAUAGAUCUCAAAAGUCCGAUCCAACAAUCUCCUAUCGAGUCGAUUUAUGAAGGUGGUGAGGUCUUUGAAUAUCGAUUGUUUCCAUUGGACAAGGAUCUUCGUCCAAUAAAACGAUUCGAUGAGCCAGACUCGACCAAUCGGUCUUCGCCACUCAAUGCCGACCCCACCGAGGAGAACUCUACCCGCCAUUCAUAUCCAUUUGACAGUCUACCAAUCCUCGUUUCCAGUGUCCGACCCCACUUCGUCAUCCUCGACUCGGCUGGAAAGCUGUUCAAUCAGCCAUGGAUAGUUUCGACCGUGGUGCCUUCACUUUGGCCGAUUUCCGAGUACGAUGCCAGCCACAUGCUUUGGCACCUCGAAUUCGUGUUUGGCUUGAAAUUGAGGCGCCCCCUGGAUUUGCGUCUACGUCGCGCACUCCUCUGUGGGCGUCUGCUCUCGACGCGGGUGCAUGUCUGCUGA